AUGGACACUGAACGGGUCAACACCGUCGAGCCCGAGCAGGGCGAGCUGGACCUUGCCUCGUUGCACACCCUAGCCACGCUCGCCAACCAGCAGGGCGCCACCAUGAGCGCAGCAGCCCUCUUCCUGCUCUCAGCCACCUGGGGCGGGACGCUGACCGCUCACAUCUCCGCGGCCAACAUGCUCUUCAAGCUCGGGGAAGCGCGGAGGGCGUGUGCCGAGUACGAGGUGCUCUUGGCCCACGAAGAUAAACACCCCGGAUCCAUGAGCACGACCGUGCGGCAACUGGUCGAGCGCAAACGAGGUGAGGCUCGCGCCGCUCUGGCCGCCGGCACCACCACAGCCUCUGCACCGACCACCGCGCGGACGCAGCAGAAGUGGUGGCGGACCUGCGGUGGGCAAAAGAAGCUGGCAGACAAAGUGACAAAGCAGCUCACCUCGCUCGGCGCGGGAGCGAAUGAUGGAGGCGACUAUGCUCUGGCACGCAUCGCAUACGCUGCUGCAUUCGCGCUCACCGGACGAGGGACGCUGCGCAUCUCUGCCGCAAACAUGACCCUCAAAAUUGGUGGGGAGGAGAAUCUGCGCGCUGCAAUCGAGGAGUAUGACUGCAUCGUUGCAGAGGCAGGCCGCGAUCUAUCGGCUGCGCACGCCGAGAUGAUUCGUCGAAAGCGGGCCGAAGCCGAGGCACAGAUGGCGCUCGAGGCGGUGCCGUUUGUGCGGCCGUCGGUGAUGGGCGAUCUCCCAGCAAUGCCUCGCAUGACGCGCAUGACACGCGGAUCCGUGGCGUGGCUGCCUGUCCCGGCUGAUGAUGAGGGUGAACCCGCCGCCGUCGGGGCUGCCCCGGAUGCAGCCGCGACAGAGGUGACGCCUCUCCCGGAGAAAACGGCUGUCAAGUUUGCCGACAACGUGGGCGCGCCGGAGGAGACAGGCAAGGCUGAGACAGUAACGGGUGCGGACCAGACUGAAGAGCAGGCGGCGGAGACCGCGAUUCUCGUGGCCACGCGCGUCGCUCGGGCGAGGAGGGCCAGCGCGUCUGCCUCCAACUUGAUGGCGGAGACGACCGUCCAAGAUCGGCUUGCGCGUGCGAGGAGUAACGCUGAGGCGGCCGCGGGGGAGGCUGAGUAUGAGACGGAGGGCCCCGUCCAGGCUGUUGAAGAAUAG